AGUGAUGGCGACCUUUUUGGACGAAAGCUCACCACUGUCAGCGUAGAGGAAGAAAAUUGCGCCUCAAGAAUGGAGCACAUACGCAGUAUAACAGUCCACAUUGGCGAAAACCGACCCAAAACGAUGGGUCAACUUUCGCUGCUCCGCUACAUGAUGUUCAAAUGCUCGAAGCCACAGUGCCGCUCAAUCGGUGUUGAAUGCGACCAGCGCAGGUGCUGGCACCCCAGACCAAAGUCAUUCUACAACGCUACUGGAAGACGAAAUCUUCAAAAAGCCUGCUUUGAUUGCGAAAACCGAGAUUCAACCUGCGCUCACUCUUCAAAUGGGGACUCAAAGUUUGCGGAGGCGAGUAUCCAAGAGGCGAUUUUGACAGUAAAAAGGAGGAGUGGUUCGGAAAGUAGAACUGCGCCACAGAGAUCCGGUGAUAUGUUGCUAGCUAAGAGGAGAGCGGCUAGUAAGAGAAACAGUAGUGCUGAGGCUAAGAUGAGGGUAGCAAAUAAACAAAGCGAAAUCGACUUCCGAGGAGAUUGUCAUGAUAGUACCAUCGGAUUCCAGCGGUCCAGAAAUUCUGGUAGAAAGUGCGCAAAAGCUUCAAUCGCCCACACCGAUCCAUCUAUUAGCCUCGUUACACCAGAAAUGAAACCAUCAAAGCGCAGCGUCACAUUUGCUGAUACUGUAAGCAUUGCUACAGUAGGAAAACCAAUUGCGCAAAUACCCAUCACACCUGCGCAAGGUUGCAAUAAAAUAUCAAUGCUUCCUGAAAGCACACAGGUUUCGCAAACGAUUCGGGGACUUUCACCCAGAAUACUGCGCCACAACCGAAUUUACGCCAGCUACCAAAUUGGCACCAGCACUGAAUUUGCGCCAGCCACCGAAUCUGCAGUAGCCACCGAAUUUGCGCCAGCUGCUAAAUUUGCGCCAGCCGCUGAAUUUGCGCCAGCUGCUGAAUUCACACCAGUCUCUGAAAUGAUCAAACUUGGUGAGAGCGUCAACUCCAACGAUGUGACACAAGAAAACAUCAGGCAAUCGCUGGUCUUGGACACAGUGACUG